GUAAAAUCCUCGUUUUUUUUUUUUUUUGGCGGAGUUCCUUUGGUAAAAUUCGCAUUCCAGGAGCUAAAUAACACGUUAUUGGGGUCGCUUCAACCAGGAAUGAAAAACAACCCGCGGCAACACUGUUAAAGAUGCGGGAAAACCGCGGACUUGGCAACACAGUCUGCGAGGGAAACCAUUAUCUGACAACAAGUUCAUAAGUGUUGAUUUUGUACAAUGGACAAAAAAUACUUUCAAAGAAUUCAACAAAAUAAAGUCUUCCUCAUAGACACUUUAACUGUAGAGGCCGAUAUCGUCUUGCAGUAUGUGCAGCAGAAUAAACUUAUUACUCUGCGCGACUACAGGAACCUCUCAGAUAUUCCUGAAAGAGAGAGAAGAGUCAUCAACCUACUUGACAAACUCAUGGGAAAGGGGGAGGAAACUUGUCGCCAAUUCAUAGACCUUUUAAGACAGGAUUGUAUAAUGGAAAAUUUUCCAACAUUAAAGGAUCAUGCCAUUUUUGAUUCUCCAGUUCAGGAGGUCUCUCACUACAAAAUAGAACAAAUUCCACGUGGCGUCUGUGUAAUCAUCAAUAAUGUAAAUUUUACGACCAUGAGUGAAAGAAGGGGAUCAGAUGAGGACCAAAAGUAUCUUGCCAAAGUUUUCCGCUGGCUGGGGUUUAAGGUGGUGGAGCACAGAAAUAAAACUGCAGCUGAAAUGAAGAAUCUCCUCGAGGACCUAGGGAAGACAGUAGAUGGAGACUGCUUUGUAUGCUGUGUUCUCUCCCAUGGCAUACAAGAAGGAGUCUGUGGAAGCGAUGAUGGUGUUGUUUCUGUUGAUGAAAUACGGGAGCCUUUCAAUGGCAUUACCUGCAAAAACCUUGCCGGCAAGCCCAAACUGUUUUUUAUACAGGCAUGUCGUGGCAAAAAACAUCAAUAUCGUGUGAAAGUCCAGGCGGAUGCUCCAGAAGAUGGAGAGUCAGAGAUGGAGGUGGAUGGUGAUUUUGAUAUCACAAUCCCGGCUGACGCGGAUUUCCUCAUUGCCAGGUCAACCACUGAUGGUCACGUUUCCUUUAGAAAGCCAGAAGAGGGCUCCUGGUUUAUUCAGUCACUUUGCCGAAACCUAGAGAAACAUUGUCCACUGGGUACAGACAUCCACACAAUCCUGCUUUGUGUGAAUAAUGAUGUAAGCAGUCUGGGGGAGAUGAGCAAACAAAUGCCUGUCCAUGAAGUCGCCAUGAGGAAGAAACUGAUCCUGCGGCCGGUGAACCACUGAAAGCUCCUACAUAUGUGAAGCCAUGGCUUGAUAUGUCAUUCUCAUGGAUGUUUUAAUAGGAUCAUUUAAAAGGAAAUCUCAAAACAAGUUUAAACAGCACAUUUACUUUGAGGAUGUUCUUAAAGGACGAUUUUUUUUUAAAUCCAGACCAAAAUUGUUUACUUCAAGGGAACCAUGAGCCAUUUGAGAUCUGUUUGUUUUUCCAAGUUUUAUAAGUAACUUUCGAUAAGAUUUGGUUAAUUGUUUAAUAUUUGCAGAUAUGUUUUACACAUUUCUUUAUAUAAAAUGUUUAUACUUUUCUAUGCACUUUCUAUAUUCUAUACAAAUACACUCUUCCAAUUAUUUCAUAAUAAAAUAAUCUUUUAAUAUGGUGUAUUACUGCAUGUAAAAAUGGAAUGAUAUAUUACUCAGAGUCACCUGCAAUGCACAUAAAGUCACAUGCCAUCAGGUAGCAUGAAAGGAACAGUAUAGCAAAAUAAUAAUGAUAUGCUGCUGAUACUAUAUGAUAUGAAUUUCACCUGGUGCUCUCCCUGAGGAAGGCAUGGGCCGAAACGUGUUGGAGAGUUUUUAGAUUUUUUGUAUGUAACCAUCUGAUAAUAAAGGCUUUUUAAAUUGAAA